AAGAACAGAUAUCCAAAGCUGUGCACACAUCAGGAAUCAGUCAUUACAAGGAAUCUACAAAUCUGAAGAUAUUCAACAACACAAUGAAUACCAGUGACAGUGACGGUGACAUUGACACAGAAUGUCUGGAUAACAUAGACAAAUACAGACCGCUAUAUAUUUUCUUCUCGUCUGUGGUAAUGGUUGAGUUCAUUUUGGGAUUCCUUCUGAACAUUACCGUUAUCCAUGUCUUCAUCUUCAAGGUCAAGUUCUGGAAAUCUAAAACCAUCUACAUUUUCCUGUUCAAUCUGGUCUUGGCUGAUAUUUUGUUGCUGAUUGGUUUGCCUGUAAAGGCAUAUAACUUUCAGCAAUGCAGCGAAAAUAAGGUAGUUUGCAAAGUGCAGCUCUUUUUGCAGUUUCUGAAUCGAGGAGCCAGCAUUGCCUUUCUGACCGUCAUCUCCAUUUAUCGGUAUUUAAGUGUGGUUCAUCCUGAGAAGAGGAACGUCAUAAGGAUUCUGAAAAGAUCGCCUCAAAUUUCCAUAUUCAUCUGGGUGCUGCUUGGGAUUCUAACCAUUCCGGCGAUGAGGCAGAGCUUCAUCAGAUGCAAGAGCAAUGAAAACGACAACUUCGACUCAAUGGUUCUAUUGAGGGAAAUUGUGUUUUUUACCCAGAUUCUAAUCCCCUUUUUUGUUCUUGUGUAUUGUUCCAUACGGAUUAUCAACAGGCUUAAGCAGAAAACAGUGGGAGACAGGACGAAGCUCAAGAGAGCAAUGUUCCUUGUCACUUCAGUUGUUCUCGUUUUUGCUCUGUGCUUUUUGCCAUAUGCUUUUACAAGGGCAGUGCAGCUCCAGCGCAAUGGACUUGUUCUGUCCGAGGAAAAAGUUACUCUUGUUAAAGUAUUUGAUGGCCUUACUUGUCUCUCUUAUCUGAACUGCCUUCUAGAUCCAAUCCUGUACUGUCUGAGCAGCACAAAAUUUAAAAAGUUAUACGAGUCAAUAUAUUUCCCCUGUCUGUUGGAGAAGGAACAAUCAGAAACUUCAGAAGAUAACUCCCAAUGACUGAUCGAACAAAACUAGUGUCAAAAAGAUGCUUUGAAAAGACUGUAAAUUUCAUUCAAUUACUUAUGCAAAUGUGUACUUAUGGAUAAAUAAUGGAGAGUGUAUUGUUUGUAUUAAUUAUUGGGGGGUUGUCACCCCCUCCCCACCCCCAGGACUCUGCAUUCAUAACCUGAUUCAUGUUCUGUGAUUGCAGACAGCUGUCUGGUUUCUCUGUACUUCCUUAGGGGCUGUUCGGACCAAACAUGUUCUUGCGCUAAAAAUGCUAGUCUCAAGAAUUUCUUCUGACUUGACCCAGCAUCUAAAAACAACGUGGCUGCCCAGCGCGAGACGGUGAAAAAUCUGCAAGAUCAGGCGCAACAAUCAACAACAUCCAUCUAUCUCUAGUUUACAUAGAAAUACAAAUUGUUUGGUGUGAACGGACCCUUUUAAUGUGGGGAAUUUCUCUGUCAGGCACAGAGAAGGAUCACUUUCCAGGUUUUUACUUCGUUGUAGUCUAACAAAAUCUGCAUUUAUGUGUUUAUGAAUUUGUGUAUAAAUAUGUAGAUCAUACGGUAUGUUCAACUGAAUUUUCUUAAAACAACAUUGUAAAGUAUAAAGUAAAGUACAGAAUUAUACAGUUCACAUUUCCUCUAUGAUCCAACAAAUCAAGUUUUGCCAGUGCUCUUAUUAGUUGUCAGAGCCUCUGGCUCAUUUGAAACCUCACCAGAAUGUGGGCUUUCCUUCAAGGCAGCUGAAUUCUCAGUAAGGUUGACAGGAUCGGUGUAUGGAAAGCUUGAAUGUGUCUGGGCUUGCCAGUGUGCUAAGAAUGUGGGAGAAAUAUUCAGUCCUGAGGAGAAAGGAACAAAAUGAAAAGGAGAAAGAAACAGUAGUACAUUUGACUAUACUGUAUGUUAUAUAUGGUAGUAAGUAAAUACUAAAUGAGUGAUGGAGUUGGUGGCUAAAGUACACUGAUCAUUUUUCCUCAUCAAUAAAACUUUGACACCUAAAGAGAUGAAUAUCACUUUUGAAAUAUUGAAGACUCAAGUCAUAUCAGGCUUGAAUAAAGUUUUUUUAAUAUGGUGAUGGGCUUUCUUAUGGGUUCAAAUAUAGUGAGAUCACAUGGCCAGCCUAAAACUAGAUCAACCCCCUAUUAUGGGGCACUUUCACUCAAAACAUCAAGUAAUAAUUGUUGGCUGCAAGCAGAGCAUUUAUACAAUUGCACUGGACUGGUACCCAAAAACUAUUGCAUUUGUGUGAUGCACGUUUCCACACUUAAAUCAUACUUAAAAAUGUUUUUAAUAUAAUUGUAUUAGAUAAAAAUAAAUUAUGUUAGUUUUUUAUUUGAUUGUUUUUUAGAAUUAAUUUGAACUUUUCUAUGUGGUUUUCAUUUCAUUUUAAUGGAUGUUUGACAUCAGUUUAUCGCAAGUUCACACAGGUGUUCUAGAAACUCUAAUAAUAACUAUGGACAUGCUCUACAAAGUUUGACAAACAGAAAUGGUACAAAUACUUUCUGUCUUUACCUAGAACUUAUCUAUUGUUUUAUAAUUUGAUGCCUAAGAAUUUUUUUUGAGCCACAUGGUUUGACAUUUCAUUAUAUAAUGUGAAAACAUUCACACAUUUUUAGGUGUGUCAAAAUAGCAUCCUAUAAGCAUAAUGUAGAGCUUUAUCUAUUACACGUAUUACUUUUCUACAAAGUUUGCCUGAGGGAUGAUUUGUUCAAUUUAUUUGUAUACUUGCUACAGACAUCACCAACAACACAUAUUAUAGCAUACUUUGAGAGAAGAACUGUUUAUCGAUUCAAUAACACAUUUAUGGUUAAAAAAACAGGCUCUGUUGUCCAUAUAUAUAUAUAUAUAUAUAAACAUAAAUAGUGUGUGAAGCAAAAAAAUUGCAAAUUGCAAAAAAGUGCAUAAGCUCAUUUAUGAAUAAUGUAUAAGGCCAAAUGUUUGAUAACAUUUGUAAGCAUUUUCAUUUACAGUACAUAGUGCUUAACAGAUCAUUAGUUAAUGUUAGUUUAAUUAAUAAGUAAACAUGAACAAGCACAUUAUCUCAUAUUUCUAACUAUUUUAAUAUACAUGAACUAAUGAUCUGUUAAGCAUUAUAUAAUUGUUGUUAAUGAUUAAUUAAUGAAAGUUAUUAUAAAGUGCAAACAAAACACUUUGAGUAAUAGUUUUCUUUCCAGCUCCUUGUUUUCAUGAUAUGUACUGUAUGCGAGUGCGUGGAGCCACCUGGGCUGAUGAGAGAUAACAGUGCAUUCUGCUCCUGUAAAACCCUCUGCAGCUGUUUCACCUGAAGCUGAAGGAGCAAUUCAUUUUGGCCUGGAAUCUGUUCAGAAAAAGCAAGCUGAUUAGAUAUAAAAUCUAUAUUUCUACUCAAUACUGUUUAUCCUGAUUCAUUAUAAGUAAUAAUGUACAGUAUAUCACAAAAUCCCUUUGAAUUUCAUCUGAAGAGUCAACUGUAUGUGGUGUUACACAAUAGAUGUCUCUUUAUAAAUAAUCAGGAUAAGCUUUAAUCUAUUUUCUGUUUGAAGAGGAUAUAUAAAUUGGUGGAAAUAUUGUAUGCAAUGGUUGGUCUGAUCUUUAAGAAUUUAGGCAAUGUCCACUCUAAUAUAUUACGUUAUUGAUAUCAUUUUACAAAGUAUGCACUGUAAAACAAAAAUCCUGUUGUUUUUACAAAAAUAAACUGGCAGUUGUGGUUGCCAGAAUAAUUAUGUAAAAAAUACAGUAAAGAUUUAAACAACUUAACAGAUUUAAAAUGGUUGUAAUUUACAUGACCACACUGGCACUGUAAAAAAAAAGAAUUCUGUUAAAUUUACAGUAAAUACAUUUCAUAAACUUGAUA